GAGAGAGAGAGAGAGAGAGAGAGAGAGAGUUCUGUUAACAAAAGGGAACAAAACGAAGAGUAAAAUUACAUAGUCAGAAUAAGGUUUACAUUCUGGGAAUAAGACAAGUUACCUGACGAGUGAAGCUUAACACAGAGGAGGAGAAGAAAGAAAAACUGCUUGAAAGGCCUGGCUGGUUCAGGGACCAGUCCAAAGAGGAUCUGAGGAGGAAAACUAACCUAAGACCAAAUCCAGGAGUUACGAAGUGGAUCGAGACAAAGACCAGAUCUGAAAGACCUGAACUCUCCCUCAGGAUGUCAGUGUCUCGGAGUUGUCUGUGCUGUGUCAAAUAUUUGAUGUUUGUCUUCAACCUCAUCUUCUGGCUCGGAGGAUGCGGUCUCUUCGGCGUCGGAGUCUGGCUGUCCUUCACACAGGCAGAGUUCUCCUCUCUUCCCCUGUCCUUUCCCUCCCUCUCGGCUGCCAACCUGCUGCUGGUGGCUGGUGGCAUCACCAUGGUGACGGGCUUCCUGGGCUGCCUGGGAGCCCUGAAGGAGCAGCGCUGCCUGUUGGUCAUGUUCUUUGUGAUCCUCCUGCUCCUGGUCCUGACAGAGGUCACUCUGGUGUUGGUCAUACACAUCUUUCACGACAAGUUGGAUUCCAAAGCACAAGAUGAAUUAAAGGAAGGCAUGAAGAUUUAUGAGACAGAACCUGGACUGAAGAAAUCCUGGGACAAUGUCCAGAAAAUGUUCAAAUGCUGUGGAGUCACCAACAAGACAGACUGGUAUGAUGUGCUGAACGGAACACUGCCCUCGUCCUGCUGCUCUGUCGGGAAGGACCAGUGUGUCGACGGGUGGAGUGAGCCGUGCUACCAGAAGGCCAGACAGUGGCUGCUCGCUAACAUCCCUUCAGUCCUGGUGUUCGGAGUCUGUAUUGGUGUUGUGCAGAUCUUGGCCCUGGUGUUCUCCAUGCUGAUGUACUGUCAGAUUCUGUGUGCUGAGAAGCACCUGGACUGACUGCAGAGCAGCUGAUCACCGGCCUGUGGUGGGAAGCCUUUGCACUAACUCUUCAGGGAUCUCGGUCUGGUUCAAGGGUCCCCCUCAGAUCCCCCGACAAACCAGCAGUAUCUGACUAAAACCAGCAGUGGACACCAGUGGUCCGGACAAAGCCAGCAGUGACAGACUCUGCACUUGAGGGGAAACAGUAUUUUCUACAGAUAUGAAAUAAUAGAGUGAAAUUUGUUACAAAUGAUGUUUAUAAUAUCAAACAACAAGCAGUGCAUUAUGUUAUUCAGCAGGACUGACUGUGCUCACUAUUCAUAAUUCAGUUAUCUGGACUUCAUCAACCACCCAGGACUCAGAGACCAGAACAGAGGACCCUUCACUUCACCUGCUGGCUCACUUUGAGAAGGGAAAGCUUUAGACCAGCAGGCCUUGUAAAAAGUUUUUAAGUAGCACUGAGUUCACUUUGUUCAUGAUGUCAGUCUGAUAUGUUAUUCCUGUGAUAUAAGAGCACUUUCAACAUAUCUGUGUCAGAAACUACAGCUCUUAUUUCAGUCUCUAUUUACACCUGAGUUUAUCAACUGUAUCUGUUUCAUUGGAGCAUAUAUAUCAUUUCUCAUACAGUAUCAGUGCUGUAUUAUAGACCCUGUUUGAAUCAUAUAGUCGUGUUCCCACUGUGUUUGUGUUGCUCUUCAUUUUGUUCUCUGAUGUCUUCCAGGCAGAGAGAGUCUCCAAAUGAUCCAUAGAGAUUUGUGUGUCAGUCUGUGGUGGUAACACAUAAGACAGACUCCAUACACUAUAGUACAGGUGAACUCGUGUUAUUUGGGGGACUUAAUGAGCAUUAAUUAGCCUCACAGCUACAAACAGACCACAACAUGUGCUGGAUGAAGGAGGGAUGCAGGUCUUACCUGAACCCAGGUGAGCUCCAUUAGCUCUACACAGAGUCGACUCACUCCACUGGGUGGUUGAUACCAGUUCGUCUGAAAAGACCAAAACCGACAAUGACUUUCUUCUACUUAACAAGGACUGUAGCCUGAUACAGCUGGUUUCUGUGCCACUAACAAAAACUGAUAAAUACAAAGAGCCACACUGCUGCACUGACUUCCUUCAGUUUAUUCUGAACCAACUCAAACUAUGCUCAUUGUGUUUGUUUUGCUGAUAUGAUCAGUGUUAUGGCCUCCCUGACAAAAUGAAAGGCUCAACUGGAGACCGGAACAUUUAAAAGAUGCCAAGACAGAGAUGCCAAGAACAAAGAAUUUAUGUUAUUUCAAACAUAGCCAAAACAUACUCAAAAAUACUAAAGAAAUCAAAAAGCGUGGAGAUCCCUGCCAAAAAGAACAAAAGAAAGGCAGGCCACUGAGCCAGCCACGCCACGGGCCGUCACACUCAGGUACUCCCCCCUCAACUGCCUAAUGCAAACUAAACUAAAACAAAAACCGAUACCUGGACUACCACUGAUUUCCAACCCAGAAACUAAAACAACGAAACUCAACAUUCUGAACCAUGCUGGGAAGGAAGAACAACAUGGGGGAGAGGAGUCCACCCCCGAGCAGAAACCCUCUCCGCUCCUCUGUCCCUCCUUUUAUAUCAGGAUGCCGUGCGUAACAAUCGGCUGAUCGGUGGUCAGAUGUUGCUGCAGCUGCACUGACACUUCUCUAGCUUUAAAAAUCUCUGAGGGUUUGAUUUGCCUGAAUCUGAAUCUGUUUAAAUAGAUGCUCCAGAUUUAGAUCCAGCUGAGCUCGUUUGGUGUCUGUUCAUGAACACCACCACCAAAUGAAGAGGUGUAUGAAACAAAGGUCAUUUCUGAAGAUGCUUUUAUAUAAAAAGGAGAAAAAACAAAUGAACGGAUCUUUAAAAAAAAUCUUUUUUUAAUCCCUUUUACAGAAAUAAUACAAAAUAUUUUCCAGACAAAAAGUGAAAUCAAAAAUCAAAAUCUUUUCUUAUAUACUAUGUAACAUGUGUCUGACUCUUUGUGUAGCCUGUGUCUUUAAGAUAAGGUGAAUAAACCAUUACAAACUAACAGUGCAGAUGUCUCAUGUAAAAUACCCUCAUAAUAAAUAACUUGUAAAUACACAAUAAAAUUGCUUGUACACACA